AUGGCGGUAGCGCUUUCACCAAAGGACCUCCUGCGACGAAAUAACCCCUACGACGUGGGCCGGCCGCGAGGCAUCCCAAAGCUGUUCCACCAGAGCUGGAAGAACAAGCAUCUUCCCGCCAAGUUUGCGCAGUGGAGCAGGACGUGCCGUGAACAGCACCCAGGCUGGGAGUGGGUUCUGUGGACCGACGAGGACAACCGCGGGCUCAUCGAGGCGCGGUACCCGUGGCUCGAAGAGACGUACAACAGGCUGCCGGGCAAGAUCUACCGCGUGGACAUGAUGCGAAACCUGUACAUGCACGCCUUUGGAGGAGUAUACGCGGAUCUCGAUACGGAUUGUCUCCGACCGACAGAAGACAUGCUAGACGUCUACGGCAUCGACCGCGUCGGCGAGCAUCAGACACUGAAUACGCAGCUGGCGGCACCUGAGUCUUCGACAGCAGUCUUCGGACGGAUGGGCAGCGACUUCAACUUUGAGCACCACCUUCCCAACGCGUGGAUGGCUUCGACUCCCGGGCACCCUUUCUUCCUGCUUCCAAUCGAGUCGAUCAAGGCCGAGGUCGAUCGCAGCCAGAGGCCUCUGGCGGGAUACUGGUACGACUGGCCGUCCGCAGAGCAAAUGACCGGGCCCAUCGCACUGCGAGAAAGCAUCAUCCAGUACGCGGCGCGCCAGAAGGACGGCAGCAGCAGCAACGGGGUGCCCGAGAGGAUCGUGCUGCUGCCGCAACAGUGGGCGUACCCGUUCAACUGGGACAGCGAUGAGGCGACUCGCGCGCUCUGUUCCGCGGAACAGGACACCUUCAACGCGAGCAGUUGCAAGAACAAGCUGGACGUUGCCAGGCAGGGCAGCAUGUCCAUCACAUAUUGGAGCCACACACACCGAGGUAAAGGGGUCGACAAGGACAACAUUGCAAAAAUGAACGCGGUCGGCUAG